AUGACUACUAGCAGAAGGCUUAGUAAAUAAAUGAAAUAUUUUGUUGAAUCUAAGAUUCAGUUUUUCUGCCCAGAUCGUGUAUUCUAUUACAACUUCAAGCCUGGGUUUAUAUAUCCUGCUAGAAACAAUAAGAUAAUCUAGCUGCCAAAUAAAGUGCACUUGUAUCUUUGGCAUUAUUUCCCUGACUAUAAUCAAUGGCUAUUCAACUAUAUCCUAAACAGAGAAAUAUACUUAGUUAUGGAUGAACUCAAUCACAGGAGAACUACGUUUUGCUUUACGAUUUUUAAAAAUAAAAAAAUAAAGUAUCUCAAGCUUAUGAAUGGUUCUAUUAUAGGUCUUUAUCUUAAUGGACUCGCAGCAUGCGCCGAACGUAUUUGCUUUAAAAACGUUGUUUUUAUGUAGAUCUGCAAGGAAACAGUCAAAACUGAAUGCAAAUAUCUUACAAUGAAAUCCUGUUCAAAUGUUUAGCAUCUAGAGCACACUAAAUUUAUCAACUGCGAACAGGCGAAUUUAGUUAGAUGUGAAAUAAUGAGAGAUAAUCUCAAAGUAUUUGGUGAAAAUCUAAAAGUUCUAGCCAUUAGAAGGACAUUUUCAGUUGAUAAUAUUGUUGCAAAAUAUUUGGCAUUUGACAGUCCCUUUAAAAAUUUGAGAUCUCUAGAUUUAAGUUAUAAUCAAAUUGAAUUUUAAGGCCUAGUCAAUCUAAUUAACAAAGGGUGUGUAUUUGCAAAUAGCUUAGAGAGGAUGACUCUCGAACGAAAUCUAAUUAUUAGUUCAUUAAUGCAAAUUAUCUCAAGGCUUCAGCUGCCUAAGAUUCAAUAUAUUGACUUAAAUUUGAACUAAAUUGAAUGGGAAGAAGAUGAGAUUAGAAGUUAUCAUUACAAAAUAGUAAGGAAAAUUAGAGAAAAAAAAUUGGUUGGGGAUAAGGUAUAAAAAAUUCGAUCAGUAGAGAUAGCUCUUACUGAAGAUUUAACUAUCAAAAGUAAAUCAGUUUCAUAUAAUACUACAUUAUUAAACCCAGAGGAAUUGUUUAAGAAAUACAAAGUCAAAGAGUUCCUUGACCCAGGAAAGAAUUUAUUGAAAAUCCCUAUGUUUCUACAUGCUAUAUCAUCCUAUCUACCCAUGAGACACUCAAUGGUUAAGCAUAUGCAACUUUCCCGUGACUUGAAAUUGAAAAUAGACCAGUACAAAGAUAAGAUAUCUCUAAAGAGAGACUUAUAAAUUAAGACCUAGUACUUCAAUCACAGUUUUAUCAAAUUUAUGAAGAAAAAAAACUUUAUAAUGAAUUUUAACAACAUUACAGUAGUUAUUUACCCGAAUACAGAUAAAGACUAUCUGCUAAAAAUAAGUGAGUUUUACACUAAGUUCAAGGAUAGUAAAGUUAGAUUUUGUCUUGAAAUGUUUAGCAUUGAUGAUAACAAAGUUGAUCACUUGAGCAUAUUUGAUUACAUUAAACCACUGCCUUAAGUUACUUAGGUAAAAUGCAAGAACUGUUAACUGAUUACUAAAAAGGUUUUCUAUAUGAUAUUUUGGAAAGCUAAAAUGAUCUACAUUUAAGACUCGCAGUUUAAAUUUUGGACUUGGAAACCUCUUCACGCAGAGUAAUUCAUCAUUAAGAGAACUACUAUCUGGGGUAGAGCAAAUAUAGCGUAAGGCAUGCUUGGUAAAUGUAGAAGAUUCGAAAUCGUUGAGUCUUUCACAAAUUAUCUAGAUCUGAUAUUGAAACCCUUUUCGAACUCAAAUUUAAGGGAGUAUGUAGUUAAGAGGUCAGAAGUGCAUAGACGUGGUAUCUUAGAUCCACUUUACUCUGUAUCCUGGUUUCAAACUCGCCAUAGAUUCAAGCAUUUAACUCUAAUUGACAUUGAAGGAGUUAUUAGUGAAGCUAACUUAAUAUCAUUGGUAGUUUACUUAGACUAUUUCCAAUCGUUGACACUCAUCAAGAUUGAGGUAAAUCAUCACAAUUCAUUUGACAUGAAAUUUAUUGUUGAGCAAGAUGAAGUAAUCAAGACAAACAUCUUCCAAGACUUUAAGGUACUAGAAUUAGAUUAAAGAAUGAGAAAGUUUGUUAGUAAAGGCAGAUUUAAAACUGAAAGAAUGCUAAGAAAUUUUGACAUAAAGUAUCUAGCCAAAGAAGAGAGUAGUGAAAUAAACUUGCUCAAUGGAUAGCAAAGUAUGGUAUCAAUGGAGAAUAAAUAGUAUACAAUGAAUACUAUGGACACUGGAAAUUUCACUUAUUUAUGA